AUGAGUUCUCGAACCCUCAUACGUGCUCUUGAUGGCUACUUCAGUCGAGCCCUCCAGGAAUCGGAGUUCUACGAGGUGGUGGAGCAGUUCCACGCCAAGCACAACACCAUGAACCUCAUAGCGACGAUGUCGUUUGAUAUCAAUAACGAGUUGCUGAAGUGCUACAACGAAUACGUCGCGGGCGACGAUUCACUUGAACUCAGGUUUAUCGAGGUGUUGGGGACGCUAUGUCGCGUGUUCUCGGUCAAGGCCACCCAGAAAUGGGUGGAGUUGUAUAUUAAGCCGGCAUUUGACACUGGCGUCGAUUUACGAUUUAUCAAGCGGGCCAAGGAGUUUCUUGCUAAACUAGUGGUCAUUCUGCCCACCCCUGAUCCCGAGUUGUUAAAGCUUCGUCAUAGUGUGGCUAAGAUGGUGAUCACCAACAUCCUUAAAGUCUAUUUGGAAGACGAGCGUGGGGUCAUCAAGGAUCAAUGCAUCACCUGGCUCCAAGGGGUUGUUGGUCUUCAACCAGAUAAUGGCGAUUUAUUAUCGGUGUUGUCUACCGAGUUUAGAGUGGUGAAUCUGCGCUACGGGCUAGUGCUGUUGAUCAGUGCGCUUGAACCUUCCAUCGUAGUCCAUGACCCUCUCUGGUCUGCGCUUUUAUGUCUGCUCGAAGCUGAUCUCUCGAAGGCAGUGGUGGAUGGCGUGCUGCAAAUUGUCACUAAAGCGAUACCUUUUGUUACUGAUACUAAGGAUUGGAAUCGGAUCAUGGCGAGUGUGGUGAAACGGAUCAAUUGGGGACAAUUCGUCAAUGACUACGCUAAAUUAGUGGAGAAACGUACUCAAUGGCUCAUCGCUGCUGCUGAUAUGAUUGAGGGAGACAGCGGUGAUGCCACGGCUUAUCUUGCCACAAUGUUGUAUGGCUUGAACCCUCGCAAGUUCUUAGCAGUAGCUGGUGGUGACGUUGGUCCCAUCAAACAGGAAUUGGCGUAUCAGCUAACGCGAUCACCAGACUUGGCCUGGCUCGAACAAUUGGCAACCCAUAUGGUUGUCCAUCCCCAGUUAGUUGAUGGAAGCGUGAAGCCGUGGGCUUGGGUCAAAGAUAAGGAUAUUGCUGCCACCUGUUUCUCACUAUGUCAUUGGUUUCCCGAAGCCCAACAACAUCUGAUGCCCACACUUGAACCAAUUAAGAGUGCCGCAGAUGACACCAUGUUCGAAGAUCAUGAGAAAAUAUUCACUGGUAGUACAACCGUUCCUGCCACACCCGAUACUUCCGUUGUCCUAGGAGAUUCAGAGAAAAGUGAUUACCGUUUACAAGAACUCCUAUUGGUGCGUAACCAGCUUUCAUUCGUGAAGUACCUUAAACAAAUCGCCGAUACUAAACUAGCGGAAGCACGCAAGCAGCCGAACGAGAUCCCUAUUAAGAUUACCCCCGUGGUGGCCAAAGCAAUGUCCCCAUCAAGCCCAUCAUCAUCUGAUCCUAAAUUAACUGUGGAUGUGACGGAGAUAGUGUCUCGCCUCCAGCUGCUACAAACAGACAAUUCCACUCUCAAACAAGAACUCCAGGAUGCCCACGACAAACUCGACAGUGUCCAAACCUCGUACAAAAAGCUUUGUGAGGAGGACAUUCCGCAAAAAAACGCAACCAUCGAGCGUCUUAACGACCGUCUAGAGGAAUUGCAAGGGGUCGCGGAAAUUCCACAGCAGCUGCAAACGACGCUGGUGCCUGGACCAAAAGAGUUGCAGCAGGACGAAUCUAGUUGGCUUGAGGAGUUAGACACCGUUAAAAACGAGAAUCUGCAGUUACUACAGCAGCAGGGUGAGCUUGAAGCGAGAGUGAAACAGCUUGAGAAAGAGCUUCUGGAAGCUCAGUCAAGUGAGACCGCUAAGGUUGAGGCGGCCAAGGAGGAAGUGCGCAAAACCAUCUUUGAGUACCUUAAUCAGUACGAAAAGCGAAUUGAGGAAUUACAGGCGGCGGUUCGCAAAUUCCAGGCGGUUGUGGCUGACCGCGACGCCAAAAUCGCCCAACUUCUGAUGCUGCAGCCCAUACGAAUUCCUGGGCAACACCUUGCCGAGAGCGACGCUGCGAGCAAUAAAGGGUAUUGA